AUGCUGGCUGGGUGGGAGGAACGCUGGCAGGAAUGCUGGCUGGCUGGCAGGAACGAUGGCUGGCUGGCAGGAACACUGGCACGAUCGCUGGCAGGAAUACUGGCCGGCUGGCAGGAACAUUGGCAGGAGUGCUGGCUGGCUAGCAGGAACGCUUGCAGGAACGCUGGCAGGAAUGCUGGCUGGCCGGCAGGAACGCUGUCUGGCUAUCUGGAACGCUGGCAGGAAUGCUGGCUGGCCAGCAGGAAUGUUGGCUGGCUAUCAGGAACGCUGGCAGAUACACUCGCUGGAAUGCUGGCUGGCCAGCAAAAAUGCUGGCUGGCUGGGAUGAAUGCUGGCAGGAACGCUGGCUGGCUGGCAGGAUCACUGGCAGGAUCGCUGGCAGGAAUACUUGCUGGCUGGCAGGAACGUUGGCAGGAGCCCUGGAUGGCUAGCAGGAACGCUGGCAGGGACGCUGGCUGGCCGGCAGGAAUGCUGUCUGGGUGUCAGGAACGCUGGCAGGAACGCUGGCAGGAACGCUGGCUGGCCUGCAGGAAUGCUGGCAGUAAUGGUGUCUGGCAGGCAGGAAUCCUGGCUAACUGUCAGGAAAGCUGGCAGGAAUGA